AUGACCCUACCCGCGCGCCCAGAUAAGGGACCUCACCUCAAACUCACACUCCUCCACACGGCCACAAGGCAUGGCGCCUCGCUCUCCCGCGCCCACGCCCACAACUUUGAAAUGGCGACAAUGUCCGGGCUCCAGCCCAGCGGCAUUGUCUCUUCGAACACCUCCUCCUUUGGCCAAUUCCGCCUCACCACCUUCGUUGACGCGCAUCCAAAUCCCGCCUCCACCAACACCGGUGGAGUAGUCGCAAACGCCCCCGACAACAGCGCAGCUGCUUCCUUACCCCCCCAAUCCUCCGCAAUGGCAGCAAACACCCCCUCCAGCGACGCGCCUACACAGCUCCUGCGCCCCUCAUCCAACCCCUCACCGAACCCCAGCGCCUCCCCCCUCGCCCCCACAACCUCCACCCCCUCAAGCACCACCCACGCCGCCCCCUCCCCCGCGCGCCGCGCCCCCGGCUUCGGCGUCCUCGACCUCACCGCCCCCUCGACCGAGCGCUCUGGCAAACUCGGCGCCCACCGCGACGGGCGCGUGCGCAACCCCGUUCCGCGCAAGCUGAAGGGGAAGACAGAUCAGCGGAAUGGGAAUUUCGCCGUCAUGCAUAUGGAUAUGUCCGGGUCGAGUGGCGGGGGGCGCAUGGUGCCGAGGGGGGAGGCGGCGCAGAGGGCGAGCGAGAAUACGGCGAAGGCGGCGAGGAGUAUGUUGCAGGACUCGUAUAGGAUGAAGAGGCGGCGCGUGGAGGGAGGGGAGCCGGCGGUGGUGCAGCAGCAGCAGGCGUAUGUGGUGCCGAGUGAGCCCGCGCCGGUGGUGCAGCAGCCGGUGCAUAGGACGCAGCCGAUGUCCGCGGAGGAGACGAAGUAUGAGCAGGCGAGGUUGUUGACGCUGUUGAGGAGUAUUAGUCCGUUGGCGGUGGUGGAUCAGAUGUGCAAGGCGCUUGCGUUCUUUGGCGGGAUACCGGGGGCGCCGGCGCCGGAGGACGAGGCGUUCCCGGCGAGCGAGGAUGCGAAUGGGAGUGGUGCGCUGUUUGUGGGGUGGCUGUCGGAGAUUUUUCCGGAGCUGGAGAGGAAGGUGUGGAGGUCGAGUGUGGGGGGGGGAGGGGCGAGGGGGAAGAGGCCUAGGGGCAGGCCGAAGGGGAGUAAGGCGUCGAAGGUUAGGAAGGAUAAGGGGAUUAAGAAGGGGCCGAAGGAUGGGGGGAGGGAGGGGGAGGGAGGGGCGGGGGCUGAGGUAAGGGCUGUGUCAGUGGUGGAUGAAGAUGAGGAUGCGGAUGCGGAUGGGGCGGAUGAUGAGUGGGUUGAUAUUGGGGAGUCGGAGUCAAUACUACAUGAUAAGGGAUCUGGACAGACUGGGGCGAAUGCCUCUGGCGCGUUUGUCCCUGUCAAUUCUACGGGCACGGGGAUAAUCGAGCUCGAACCCGAGGAAUCGAACGAACCCGAGCCGUUAGAUCCGCCAGCAACCGCGAAUAUCGGGAAGAGGAGACCGGGACGACCGCGGGGCUCUCGCAAUCGCCCGAAAGAGAAGGAUGCUGAAGGGAAUGAGGUUCCUGCUGUUGAGGUUUUUUCCCUCAAUCAGUCCUCUGCCGCGUCCACGAGCAGCCCUGUGAUGACCAUGCAGUCUGCGAACUCGCAGACGCCGACGUCACAACCGAAGCGCAAAGCAGGUCGUCCUCCAGGCUCAAAGACCAAGCCUAAGGAAACGCCUAUACUGCCAACCAGCGUCAGCCCGACGCUAGCUAGAAGCAAUCGCGCCGCGGUUAGCCAAACUGCAACUCCAACAAACAAUAUCGCUGCUGCUGUGCCCCAAGGCCUAAGCGCCGAGGAGCGAGCUGUCCUAGAGGCCUACCGCAAGUCCAAGACUAGCGAGACUCCUGUCCCUGCACCUACCGCAAAGCCAGUUGAGAAACGAAAACGUGGGCCCCGGAAGUCGAGCAAUGGCUUUACCGUGGAAGAUGCUGUUACCGUUCCUGCUCCUCCCAUUCUGCCACCACAGUCUACCAUCACCCCACCAGUGGCGCCGCAGCCAAAUGAGCCGUCGAGAGCAAACUCCCAACAGGCGACGCCGAAGAGCGCCUCUGCGGGCCCGGCUGCAAAGCGUCACCGGAAGUCUAAAGACCUUACCACAGCAACUUCAAAGACGAGUGUGGCACAGGACACGACGAUUCUCAAGUCUACACCCACGCCUACCCCGGCGUCGGCACCGGUAGCAAGAGCCAUCCCUGUCACCAGCUCGCAGAGACCCGUCUCUGUGCCUAGCACCACGGUGUUCUCGUCUCUCCCCGUCGCAUCUGAGCAAAUCAUAACGCGAGCUCCUGCACAAGGACUCCAAGCGCACUAUAAUCACUUCACCAGUAUACAACAACAGCAACAGCAACAGGCACAGGCACAGGCACAGAAGCAACAACAGCAGCAACAGCAUCAGCAGCAACAACAGCAGCAACAACCCCAACAACUCGACCCCCGCCACGACCCGCACCUCCUAACUCGCACCUCCCCCCUCCAAACCCCCUUCUACCAACCCCACCACCCCCAACCACAACCGCAAGCACGCCACAUCCCCACCCCCUCCCCCUCACACUUCACACACUACCAACCCCAACAAGCCGCCCGCACCUACCACUCCGGCACCAACCAAUCGGCGAUGGAUCCUUACCGCGCCGCCGCCGCCGCUGGCCAGCAACAACAGCAGCAGCAGCACGCGACGUUCUCGCCAAGACAGCAGAACCCAAACCAGCAGCAGCAGCAGUUCGCGCAUUAUACUGAGGCGUCGUUUAUUGAUCUGCCUGCGCUGGAGGAGGGGGGGACGGGGGAGGGGGGGUAUGGAGCGGGGGGAAGGGCGAAUGGGCAGGUACAGGGACAGGGGGGGUUUGGGGGAGGGGGGAUGGGGAAGUGGGUAUGA